CAAAAAAAAAAAACAUGCACAAAUAAAAGAACAUAGCAGAGUAUUCUACUUAGUGUGUAAGUUAUCAGCGGUAUCCCGCAGGGUUUUGUCAUGGGACCAAUAGAGCUUUUCGCCCCCCAAUCAUUCCUCGCAACUGACACUCCUCCGUGCAGUCGCAAAGAAUCAACAGCUUCUUUCACACGGAGGAUGAGGAGGAUGAUGCCACACAUGUAGAAGAGCAUGAUAGAGGAAGAGCAUCCGUGGAUUCCGUGGUCCGAAUGAAAGACGCGAAGACAACCACACCAAAGCGGAGCUGUGCAUUUUUCACAGGCUGUUUUUUUCUCUCUCUCAAGGCGUGAAUUCGAUCAUGAAUGCUGAGAUUUAACGAGACUUUCUGUCCCGGUGACACAUAGACAAAACGCUUCUUCAUGUUGCAUCCUCAAGCUUCAUGACAAUGGAUUAUUCGCUGUUAUUAUACAGCCUUUGGGUUCCCGUUAUUCUCGCUGUUGAGGAGACUCUUAUGGACAGCAGGUGGGCUACUACAGAGCUGGCGUGGACCACCUAUCCUGAAAGCGGGUGGGAGGAAGUGAGCGGAUAUGAUGACCACUUGAGCCCCAUCAGGACUUACCAGGUCUGUAACGUGCUGGAGCCCAAUCAGAACAACUGGCUCCGUACAGACUUCAUUCCCCGUCGAGGAGUCCUCCGAGUCUACGUGGAGCUCAAGUUCUCUGUGCGGGACUGUGGCAGUAUUCCCAACAUCCCCGGUUCCUGUAAAGAGACCUUUAAUCUGUUCUACUAUGAAUCAGACGGAGACAUGGCCACGGCAAGCAGCCCACCGUGGAGGGAGAAUCCUUAUGUAAAGGUGGACACCAUUGCCCCAGAUGAAAGCUUCUCGUUGCUGGAGUCAGGAAUCGUCAACACCAAAGUACGGAGCUUCGGCCCUCUUUCCAAAGCUGGUUUCUACCUGGCCUUCCAGGACCUGGGCGCCUGCAUGUCUCUGAUCUCAGCCCGGGUCUUCUUUAAAAAGUGCUCCACCUCCAUUGCCAACUUCGCUGUCUUCCCAGAGACGGCCACUGGCGCCGAGGCCACCUCUCUGGUCAUCGCUGCCGGAGCUUGUGUGCCAAACGCCGCCGAGGAAUCUGUCCCUCUAAAGCUGUACUGUAACGGAGAUGGCGAAUGGAUGGUUCCAGUGGGAGCCUGCACCUGCAUGCCGGGAUUUGAGCCGGCCAAGAAGGACACUCAGUGCCAGGCGUGCACUCCAGGGACCUUUAAGUCCAAACAGGGUGAGGGUUCUUGUAUGCCGUGCCCUUCCAACAGCCGAGCCAGCUCUAGGGCAUCCAGCGUGUGCCCUUGUCAAAGUGGCUACUACCGCGCUGACAGCGACCUCCCUGACACGGCCUGCACUACUGUUCCCUCAGCUCCAUUAAACGUGAUCUCCAGCGUCAACGAGACUUCGGUGUCCCUCGAGUGGUCCGAGCCUCGGGAUUCGGGCGGUCGAGGGGACGUGGUGUAUAACGUGGUGUGUAAAAAGUGUCUUCACGAUGGUGGCUCUUGUGCGCGCUGCGAUGACAAUGUGGAGGUCUCGCCGCGUCGCCUGGGUCUGGCAGAGAGGCAGGCGGCAGUGAGGAAUCUGCAGGCACACACACAUUACAGCUUUGAGAUUCAGGCUGUGAACGGCGUGUCCCCCAAGAGCCCGUCCAGCCCACAGUACACCACUGUCAAUAUCACCACCAAUCAAGCAGCUCCGUCAGCAGUCCCCACCGUCCACUUAAUGCGGGCCACAGCUGGCACUCUCAGCCUCUCCUGGCUGCCCCCAGAGCAGCCCAAUGGCGUGAUCCUGGAUUAUGAGAUCAAGUACCAGGAGAGGGGAGAGUCCUUCUCUCAUACGGUCACAGCUCAGCACACUUCUGCCAAAGUGGAGGGUUUGAAGGCUGGCACGGUGUACUCUGUGCAGGUUCGAGCUCGGACGGUAGCUGGGUAUGGACGGUAUAGCAACCCGGUGGAUUUCAGUACAAGUCUUUAUGUUUAUCCAGUUAGCUCGUCAAGUACGUCUGUGCACUUGAGAUGCAGAGAGGAGUUGACUACGACGACGACUGGGUUUAAGUCCAGAGAAGAGCGGUUUCAGAAAUCAGAUGACCCAGAGCGCUCCGUACAGGAUCUGCUGCCUCUCAUUGUGGGCUCUGCUUCAGCAGGAUUUGUGGUCAUCCUUGCCAUGAUAGUCAUCGCUGUUGUCUGCCUGAGACGGCAGCGUACUGGAUCAGAGCUGGAGUACACUGAAAAACUACAGCAGUACGUAUCGCCUGGUGUAAAAGUUUACAUUGACCCUUUCACCUACGAGGAUCCGAACGAGGCAGUUCAUGAGUUUGCCCGAGAGAUUGACAUCUCAUGUGUGAAGAUAGAAGAAGUCAUUGGAGCAGGAGAGUUCGGGGAGGUUUGUCGGGGUCGACUCAAACAGGCUGGCAGAAAGGAAACAACCGUGGCCAUCAAGACGCUGAAGGCCGGCUACACCGAGCACCAGAGGCGGGACUUUCUCAGUGAGGCCAGCAUCAUGGGCCAGUUUGACCACCCUAACGUUAUCCAUCUGGAGGGCGUCCUGACCAGGAGUUGUCCCGUCCUCAUUGUCACAGAGUUCAUGGAGAACGGAGCACUCGAUUCAUUCCUCAGACUGAACGAUGGCAGGUUUACUGUAACGCAGCUGGUGGGCAUGUUGAGGGGGAUCGCAGCUGGCAUGAAGUAUCUGUCCGACAUGAACUACGUCCAUCGUGACCUGGCUGCCAGAAACGUGCUUGUCAACAGCAACCUGGUGUGCAAAGUGUCCGAUUUUGGCCUCUCCCGCUUUUUAGAUGACAACUCAUCAGACCCCACCUAUACCAGCUCAUUGGGUGGGAAGAUCCCGAUUCGCUGGACGGCUCCCGAAGCUAUCGCCUUCAGGAAGUUCACCUCUGCCAGCGACGUGUGGAGCUAUGGCAUUGUGAUGUGGGAAGUAAUGUCAUUCGGAGAGCGGCCGUACUGGGACAUGAGUAAUCAAGACGUGAUGAACGCAGUGGAGCAGGACUACAGGCUGCCUCCACCCAUGGACUGCCCCGCGGUUCUGCACCAGCUGAUGCUGGAGUGCUGGGUGAAGGAGCGCAACAUGAGGCCGCGUUUCGGACAGAUCGUCAGCACUCUCGACAAGCUCCUCCGCAACGCCGCCAGCCUUAAAGUGCUCACCAGUACACACUCAGGAGAUCUCUGUCGAAUUGGCGGGACUCUGCCGGGGCACCAAAGGAAGAGUAUAGGAGAUGCACAAGACAUAAAACAACAAAUGAGCCAAACUCUACCCAUACGGGUUUGACUGAUUCAAAAUACACACACAAAAAACACCUGCUGAGCCUCCAGGCUAGCAACAACUGACUGGGACAAUCAAUAGAAAGCCCAUGGAAAAUGACUGGAGCCAACUAUUGCUUGAAGAGCCAAUGGAAAAACCUGUAUACAAUUUGAGACAGUGUCGCACCCCUUCCCAAGGAGCCUGUGGAAAACAGGCGUGUCCAAUGGAAAACUGUAUCGCAGCCUGCGUUUCGGCACCUGGGGAUGCUGGGAAAUCACAGCACAUGUUAAUUGGAAUUCUGUAUGAUGGCGCCUCAGGCAACCGUCUUUGUUCUUCCCUCCCUUUUGCCAUGACUUUCUUGUGUUUACACUGAAUUCUCAUUACAUGGAUUAAAUCGACAACGUUUCUACUUCUCAGGUUCAGUUUGCAUGUGUGCAUGUGUUUCUCUACUGGCAAAAAAAAAAAAACUAAAAAAACAAUCACUUUCUUCCGGAACUCAAAUCCCUUCCAUACUCAUUUGCCGAGGCCACAAACGAUGAGACGGACUGGAGAAUUAUAAGCUAGCUGUAAUAAUGUUUAAAUAAUGUAUUAAAUGUACGCCGGGACCGUUUGAUGUUGGCUAGAGGAUAUUUUGCCACUCUUUCUCCCUCAAAAAUUCUUCUGAUCUUUUCUUCAUAUUGAAGAAAGGACGAGAGGAGUGGAACAGAUGAAACUUUCGGAAAGAGACGUUACAGAGAACGGAAGGUCCUAUACGGACGAAAAACAAAGCGGACUGUUACAAAUCAAGAAAGGUGUUUUAUUUACCUCUGUUGUAUUUCGUCUUCCAUGAAACGCUCCCGAGACUGAGAGGUUUGUCCACGUGGAGGACAUCGAGCUGUGAUUUUAAGAUUCCCAUUUCCCCAGCUUGUAAGCGAGGGGGGAAUUGUGCUGUGUGUAUGUGUGUGUGUAUGUGUACAGUAUGCUCAUGUGCGCUUGACCGAGCUGGUCAGGCUCUACAGCUUUACAUGCAUGCCAUAUUCAAAACUCAAAGCUUAUCCGAAAGGUGAAACGACGACAGGUUGACUCGAGCUGUUGUUUGAUGAAUAUUCCGCUUAUUUGAAUUCCGUCUGUUCAGAUAUGCAUAACUAUGUAAAUAAAUGCCUCAUAAGAACUGAA